AUGGAUGAAAUUUAUAAGAUCACUUCCACAGAGAGGACCCAGCUAUUGGAGAAAGAACUGGCGGUGCAAUUGAGUGAACUGAACUCUGAAAUAGAAGAACGGGAGAUCCUUCAGGGAGAAGCUCAUCGAGCUUACAGCUCUGUUCAAAUACCAAAGGACAUCUCUUACUUUAGAAGAGAAAGGGAACUGGCACUGAAGAAAACCUUACAGGUGGCUGAGCCGAAGCCCCUUGUUAUUCAGGCAGAUGUCCUGCAGAGGGAGCUAGAGAGCUGCCUAAGAAGAGAGUACUCACCUGAAAAUUUGCCUUUGCUUCUGCUGCAGUAUUACACAGAGAGAAUUACCCAGUUGGCCCAGUGUAAAUAUUUACACGUGGUUAGGUGGAAGAGGUUUUGCCAGCAGAGUAAGACCAUGGAGCAACUUUAUCCUCUUUACAAGAAACGAGUUGGCUACAUUAUGCAGGAAUACAGUGAUGCUGUCCAGAGAGCUGAAAGAUUAUCCAUUGCUCGAGAAAACUUCCUUAUGGGAAAAAAGAAUCCUCCUAACUUAGUGAUGCUGGAAGAUGUGACAAUUUACACAAGGUGGUUAGUGUGUCACCUACACUCUUUCAGGACUGUUCACCACUAUCUACAGGCCCUUCAGUAUUUGCCCAUCUCCAACAUGCUGAGUCCAGCUGACAACCAAGACCCUGAGGCUGGUCAGGAAAAUGACAAGGUCUGUGUCAAUGACAUGGACCCCAACAUCCAGGGUCCUGCAUCUUUUGGCCUGGUGGAUACUAGCAUUUCAGGGCCAAUGAGAACAGAUGCUGAUUUCAUCCUGCCCCAACACACAACAGAAACAGGAGAACUGAAACCUCAGCUGAGGCUCCUGUUGUCACACUUCCAUAUCCCAUACGACCUGCAGGAGCUAAGGAACUCUGCUAAGGAAAUGGAACUUUUUUCAUUGGUUUUCCAAAAAUUUCAAAGCAUCUUCACAGAGCAACAGAGAAUGCAGAUGUUUCCAGACUAUGAGGCUGGAACAGCUAAAGCAGAGAAUUUGUCAGGACCACCUAUAGCCCUGAAAAAGAGAGCCAACUGGAUUUCCUUUAUAAAGAUCAAACCAAAAUGUGAUCCUUGGCAGAAGAAGAUGUUGACCAAACUAAAAGAAAGGAGAAGAAUAGAUGUGUUAAUGCAACUCCAAGCAAAGUUUUUGAAGAUCUCUAACCCCAAGCGAGUAAUGCAAGUACUCCAGGAUCAUGCUGCCAAGAUAAUCAUGCUGUCUCCGCACCAUCCGUCUUUCAUGUUUUCCCAGAGUUCGCCUCAGUGCAACUAUGACCAGAUCUGGGAGAACAUUUAUAGCAAUGUCAACCUCUACCAGAAUGCAAAUAUGAAGGAGAAUGACCUUUCAGUGGAACAAAAUGAAAAUGUGCUAACACGAAUAAGUCUUAGUCAAUGUGCUGAUGGCCCUCUCAAGCAGAAAAAAGAGACAGGGUACAACUAUGCAAUGGCCCUACAAGUGCUGGGCUUGGAUGAUGAAGCCGAGCUCAGUGAUGGGAACCCUGUCUCGAUGAAAGGGGCCUACUUGUCCUUUCUGUGUCUGCGCCACCUGCGAAUCAGGUCGCUGCAGCGUACCUGCUUGGGAAUUCUGAACUAUUUCAGAUCUGUCGAGCGAACUUUGACAAUCAAUACUUCAGGCCUUACCUUGGUUUCAGGGAAACUGGUCCCCACUAUGGAAGAUAGUUCUUGGGUAAAUGUGACACAAGGAGGCUUGGGCACCUCGCAAGGCCUGGGAGCUCACCACUAUGUCCAUGGGACAUCUGCUGAGCACAAGGUCCACAGUGUUCAGUUCAUGGAGUUCUCCGAAGUGGAGUAUGAGGAUUACUAUUACAGCACAGAAGACGGCAGUAUCCACACCCGGGACCAGCAAGGGGUGCAUAUUAUGUACGACGAAGCCUUAAGGGAUCUGGAGGAACUCGAGGCAGAGCUGCUGCUUGUGGCCAGCCAUUACAUUGAGAAAGAAAAAGGUCUCAAAGAGGGCAGCAAGUCAAAGAGUGGCCAGGAUUGGAGAUGGACCCAUGCAGGUGUGGACAGAUUUGCUGUUCUGUAUGACAUAUGGACAUGGGAAGCAGCUCUCCUAGAAAACAAACGUCAGCUUCUUGAUAGUUACUUUGAAGCCUACCAGCACACGUUGGACCCUGAGGAAAGGUUUGCCUUAGCACAAGCGAUGACUGACAUUAUGCAUCGGCGCCCCAAGUUUGAUCUUGGCCACCCUUAUUUCAUUAAGGCCUACCAAGACGAAUGCACCUGCCUGAGGCUUCACCUGCAGCUAAUAAAGGGCUUCCUUAACCAUCAGAUGGAGUGCCAGCGGGAGUACUUACAGAGGCUCUGGCGAGAUGAUCAUCCAGAUGAUCGCAAAAAAUUUGGACUUCCCCUUAACAUCAUUUGUAAGCAACUUAUUUCCAUCAACAACAGCUGCCCAGAUUUGAAAAACAUUUAUUUGUUGGAGUUCCACCCUUCCCUGGGCCUGGCAGGGUUGGUCCCCAAAGCCCUGGAGCACCUGUUCAGUGAGGCCUGCCGCACCUGCAGGCCCACAUCACCCAGUGGCCUCGCCUCGCUGGAGCGACACAUCCUGCAACUGGCUCUGAACCUGUGGCUCGCGCCAACCAAGCCCGAGAAUUGGUACAGCGAACAGCUCCAGAAAGAUCUGUUUUCAGCUAGAGUGAUGGGAGAUCCCUUUCUCGUGGAAGAGACAGGCCUGCUUGCACUCACAUCCGCAACAGACGAAGGACAGAAACAGGGCCAACAUCCUCACAUGCUGCUCCUGGAGACAUUUUCCAAACUUCUGGAACUCCUGACCCUCCGCCACCGUCUGAUCGCAAUGAGUCUUGAGAGUGCACACCUAGCUCGGCACUAUAAGGAAUUGGCUGAGGAGAUGGGGUUUGAAGAGUUCCAUUUAUAUCUGAGGCCCGUUCACUUUGAAUUUGCAUCACCCAGGGACAAAAUGGACCAACCACCUCCUGCCUUUAUAACGUCUCUGCUGGAGCACAGUGGUCGGCUAGACAGAUAUUCUCCCACUACACUUGCCUUAGCCAUCUCUGAGGUGGAUGAUAACCAAGUUGGCAAAUUUAGUUUUUAUACGAAAGAAGCCAUCCUUAAGCUCUUGUCCCAGUCUGAAGUGGAAAAUAUGCAAGUGACCCUCGCAUGUCAAGCUGCUCAGAAAAAUGCUUUGAUGGUGGCAGUUCAACAAGCAUCCUUCUAUCACAGGACAGUGGGCUGUCCUGCUGAUGUCAAGGAAGUAAGUGCAGAACUGAAAAAUCAUGGCAGAAUGAGUCCAACCAGAAGAAGAAAUUCCAGAAUUGUGAAUGACACCGAAAGCUUACUGUUAUCCCCAACUCCAAAAGUCCCAAAUAACCUUACGCACUCUUCAGAAAGAUUUCAGAGGACCAAAAGGGCUCCAGAGGCUUUUGUGUCUAUUCAACUAGAAAAGGUGGGGCUGCGGGACAUGAUGCUGACCGCCUUUCACCUCAGGAAACAGACCAUGGCCGGCAGAAUGAACAGCCCUGAUGAAAUUGGAAAACUCAAGAGGGAUGUUAUAAUUGAAUAUUGUCAAAAGUUUAACCGCCACAUGUCUCACUAUGCUCUUCGGAGUCAGAUCAUGGCACACUGUAAUAGCCUGAGAGCCCUCCUGGAGGAUUUUCCUACUAUCAGGGAUACCUUUUUCAUGGUGGGGCAACCACAAGAAAAGAAGGGAUCAAGUGAUUCCAAGGAGAGCCUCAAAGCUGACCCCAGGAGUUCUCAGCCCCGGCCUCCAUAUUUGCUGUCAGCGGAUGGAAAAGUCCUCCUCAAUUUAUGGUACAUCCCCCAUCCUUCCGAAGUGCUGGUUAUGUUCAAAACUCUGCCAGAAAAGGAAGCUUUUAGAGCCUUAACACUAACACUACAGUUGAUGGCUUCCUUCCAUGACAUUGUGGCCUACCUUUUCAGUUUUGUUCAACUUGGCAAUUGUCCAGCAGGCGUUGAAUUUCCUGUAAGCCCUGAUCCUUUGAGGGGAGACUGGGGAGGAACAGAGGACAUUGGGUCUGAGCUUCAAGAGCUGCAGAAAAUGCUUGACAGCCUCAAGAGCCCCCAGGACCCGACCCAGGUGGCCCAGGCCCUCCUCCUCCGCAGGGAUGUUAUGUUUCUGCAAUUCGAUGCUGCAGUGAGGCAUCUCAUCCGAAUAUUUUUGGCAGCUGGAAAUAUUCCCGCCUACCAGUCUGUCACCGAUGGCAUGUGUCAUGGGCUGCCACCGCUGAGCAACUCUCUCAGGAAGAGCAUUUUUGCUUCACAGCUUGGCCUGCCCCAGCCGCUGGAUCCACGGAGCCUCCAGGCAUCUGUGCUAUUCCCCUGGAGAGCAUUUCUGGAAGAUGGAGGGCCAUUUCCUGUAAUAAGUAGCAGCCCAGAUAUCCUAGAGUAUAAUAUGCAGCUGUGCCUUUGUGGGCUGAGUGACCGUGACCGCAAGGUGGCUCAUGGAGAGCUGGUGGGUGUGCGACUGCUAAUGGAAGAUGUGCUAAGCAGCUGUCAUAUGACCAUGGAGGAUCCCCUUGGAUGGCAAGCCAUACUGGACAAAAAUACACAGCCAGAGUGGUCCAAAGUGCCAGGAAUCAAAAGUCAGUUCCAAAGCAGCCCAAAGAUUUCCAAGCUACUGGAGGGCCGGUGCGAUGUGGUGACGUCCUUUGCUCUGCUGAGAUCAUUUCUGAUGCUGUGGAAGCAGCUGGAAGUACUGAAGGAUCACUGGGGCCAGCUGAAGCUGGGAGACCAGGACAUCAGCUCUGCCUCCUUCCACAAACAGUACUCGGAGCUCUAUGAAGCUGACAUUCUCUACCCCAGCAUGAAAGCUAUAGCUAGGCAGAUGGGGAAAGAAGAUGAAUUUGAAAGACUUAUAAUAAAUAGCCAGUCUAUUCUUCCCCCCAAAGGAGCUUCAGAAAUUGAAAUAAAAACUCAGCAGCUUCAGAAACUUCUGGAAAAUAUUGAAAUUCAUAUGAUCCAGGAGGUCUUAAGAAAAGUUAAUAAAGAGAUGACACUGGUUUUAUCAGAAAAGUCCAAGGAAGAGUCUACUCUCCCAACAGAUCUUUGGAAACAUCAAGUCAUGAAAGAAAAUUUUUCAGUUGCAAGACCACAAAUAGUUGAGAAAUUUAUACAGAAAUUAAUGGAGAAUUACCAGGACAGUGGACCAGAGAUCACCUUCAGGAAAGACCACCUUGAGGCCUGCCUCCUUUCCUUGGGUUGUGAUGUGAUGGCAAGAGAACGCAGCAACUUUGAGACCUACUCCAUGUGUUAUGAGCAUGUGUUGCAGCACACUAGGCAGAAGCUCUGCCAGAAGGAGCAGGAACUAGAGGUGUUACAAAGAAGUCAAGUGCCACCUGAAGACCAUGCUGGUCAGGUUGCAGAGCUCAGUCAUGAUAUGAUCAUGGAAAUCACUGCUCUGAGAGCCCAACUCACAGAUUUGGAAGAGGAGAACAUAAAUCUCAAAAAGCAAAUUAAAGAAGAAGUCCAAGAAGAAUAUGAAGCAUUGGUCCAAGCUUUGUUUAUGACCUGUUUACACAGAAAAGAGAAGCUGAAUGAGAAUUGGCUUAAUUUGACCCAGAAAGUGUGUGAGCUCAUCAGUGAAGUGAGAACAGAAGGGAUCACCAAUAUGAAGGAGCUAAGGAAGAAAUGGGGCUCUGCCAGGCCUGAUGAAGGAAUAAAAGAAAACGCAGCCAAGGAGCAGCUUUUGGCCUUGGAGCAGGACAACCGCAGCCUGGCUGCCCUGGUGUGCAAAGUGAGGAGCCUAGGCCUCUGGAGGCAGGCUGUGCAGCAGACACACUUCCGGGGCCAGCUGAGCAGGGCAGAGAAGGAAUCUAUUCGAAGUAAAAAAGAAUGUUUGCGCAUCAAGCUAAUAGCAGAGCGGGAAGCAGGUUUAUUUCGCCAACAGUUGCUAGCUCUCAGGCAGGCCCUGGCCAGUGCUCAGGCUGACAAUGCCAGGAUGCGGAAGCGGCAGGAUGACCAGGCCCAGCUGUUGAAGGAGCUAGAACACAGAGUGACCCAGGAAGCUCUCACCCGGCAGCAGCUAGAUGUCAUAAAAACAUCCAGCAUGGAGAAGCUCUUGGAAGAAGUGGGCCACAAAGAACAGCAACUGCAGCUCCUCACCGAAGAGGCUGAGAGGGCUUCAAAACUGGGCCAGCUUCAGCGGAGAAAGAUGGAGCGAGACCUCCGACAGACGAGAAGCCGACUUGCCCAGGAGCGCAGUGUGAAGCUGGAUGCUUUCCAGCGCAUAGAGGAGUUACAGAGUCAGCUUCCUGACACUGAGCAGCUGUCCAUCCAGAGGAGCUCCCCAGGCGGCCUUAUAUCCCAGGCUCACUGCUCCCUAAGUUCUGCUUCUACAUUAUCCAGAUACUCCCACCAACAUUUUUUAAAGACUAAUCUUAUGGGCAAUAAAAUAACAAGAAGAAUUCAAAGACCCAAGACUGUACCCAUUAAACACAAAAAGAGGACUGAUAAGGUUUUCCUACCCAAUGUGACAGGAGAUGUCCAAAUUACAGCUUUUCAAGUCCAAACAGCUCCAUCCAGAAUCCCAUUUGGAUCUGAUUGGUAAUCACAUCUUUU